AUGUCCCACACGAAAGCCGCUCUCUUCGAGGAGAUCAUCCCGGCCGCGCCGGCUGGUCAUGGAAAGGUGACGAUUGUCGGUGUCGGACAGGUCGGCAUGGCAUGCGCCUACAGUAUCUUGCAACAGAACCUUGCCAACGAGAUCUGCUUGGUUGACUGUGUGGCCGAUAAGCUGAAGGGCGAAAUGAUGGACCUGCAGCACGGGCUCGCCUUCACCAAGCACUGCACCAUCAAUGCCGAUACUGAUUACGCCAUCACGAAGGGCUCAAAGCUGUGCGUGAUCACGGCUGGUGCUCGCCAGCGUGAGGGAGAGUCACGUCUAUCGCUCGUACAGAGGAAUGUUGAUAUUUUCAAGGGAAUCGUGCCGAAGCUCGUCGAGUACUCGCCGGACACGUCGAUUAUGGUGGUGUCGAAUCCAGUCGACAUUCUCACCUUCGUUACCUGGAAACUCUCUGGCCUCCCCCGCGAGCGCAUCUUCGGCUCCGGCACCAACUUGGACUCGGCUAGGUUCCGCUUCCUCCUCUCCGAGCGCCUCAACAUUGCCCCGUCCAGCUGCCACGGAUGGAUCAUUGGGGAACAUGGAGAUUCUUCAGUUGCCGUCUGGUCCGGGGUGAAUGUUGCCGGAGUCAACCUGCACGAAAUUGUGCCCAUCGGCGGAUCUGGCGACACUGAUAACUGGGAGCAGGAGGUGCACAAGAAGGUUAUCGAUAGCGCGUACGAGAUCAUCAAGCUGAAGGGGUACACCUCGUGGGCCAUCGGUCUCUCCGUGGCCAAAAUUGUCCAAGGGAUGGUGGGCAACACCCGCAACGUGUAUGCCCUAUCGACCAAUGUCAAGGGUACUCACGGCAUCCAGGACGACGUCUUCCUCUCGUUGCCCGUCGUCUUGGGCUCGAACGGCAUCACGCACGUCGUCCGCCAGAAUCUCAGCGAGGGAGAGGUCGCCCAGCUCCAAAAGUCGGCCCAGGCCCUCCUCGAAGUCCAGAAAGGAAUCUCCUUC